CGAUUUCUUCUUGUUGAUUUCCAGUCAAUUUAUCGUUUUCCUUACUUUUUUUGUGUUUGUUGUUGUUGCUGCCCGAAGGAAAAUCUCAACUGAAAUUUUUUUACACUCGCUGGUGCAAAAAAAAAGAGCGCAAAAAAAAUAAUAAAACAAAUUGAAAGUCAAGCGGCUAAAAGCGAAAAACAAAACGAAGAAGAAGCAACAAAAAUGUCGGAGCCGGCAUCGAUUUGUCACAAGUGCAAUGAGGUCAUACAGCAACGCAUCAUUACGGCCCUGGGCAAGACCUGGCAUCCGGAGCACUUUGCCUGCAAGGACUGCAAUCGCCCCAUCACCGAGGCCACCUUCCACAUACAGAGCGACGAGCCCGUCUGCUCCGAUUGCUUUGUGAGCAACUAUUCGGGCACUUGCUUUGGCUGCAAGCAGCCCAUCUUGGAGCGCACGAUCAAGGCGAUGGAACAGACGUGGCACGAGGAGUGCUUCGUCUGUGGCGGACCAUGCAAGAAGCCUUUGGUGGGCACCUCGUUCUAUGAGCGCGAGGGUCGUCCCUACUGUCGCAUCGACUUUGAGCAACUGUUUGCGGCACGAUGCGCCGGCUGCAGUCAGCCCAUCACGGAGAAUGCCAUUGUUGCAUUGAAUGCCAAAUGGCAUCGCGAUUGCUUCAAGUGCAAGAAAUGCGCCUCGCCCAUUACGGCGAGCACGUUUGCCGUGGAGGAUAAUUUGCCGCUGUGCACGGCUUGCUCUGGCUAAGGAAUGCUCUUACCUCCCACACACACACAAACAAACACACACACACACACAAAGAAAUACACCCACAAACAAACACGCACACAAGCACACACACACAUCGAUGUAUAUUAUAGAUGUUUAUGGUAUUUUGUAGAAUUCGCAAAUUGUUGAACAAACUUUAAAAACAUAACACAGAAUGAAAUGAAAUGAAAUGAAAAGAAAUGAACGGAAAGGUCAGGCAAGAAUAUAGAUAUAUGGUAUUCCCUCCUUUCUCUUGCUCUCUCUCUUUCACUCUCUCCCCUCUCCGUCUGGCAGACCACGCACUAAGAUAUAUAUAUAAUAUAAUUUAUGAAAUGCAACAAUUUGUACACGAGAAAUGCAUUUACUGAAGACACCUGCCACACAGAAAACUGUCAGAGUAGAAGAGUAAAAAAGAGGUGGGAUAAAGAGACACAGAGAGGGGGAAGGAGAAAAGAGAGGAGGCCGCCUGUGCAUUAUUCAAAUAUUAAACUAUAUAAUUGUAUUUAGUUGUUAUACACGCAUGAACAAGAAACCUUUGACUAGCUCAUCACGCCUUUCUUUCUCUUUUCUUACUCUCGAUAUAUCUGUCUCGCUCGAUCAUGUUAUCUCUUUCUAAAUCGCAUUGUUAUUCUCAAAACAAUCUUAUUAAAAUAUAAUACAAAAUAUAUAUUUGACAAAUUAAU